AUGCCAUUGCCGCUUGUCAAGCUCCUCAGCAUCGCCUGUUCUAAUCCCAACGCGUAUACUGAUUCCAAUUUCCAGCCGUGUUUGCAUAAGAGAACGGGAAAGAUCGGAGAAGAUGCGACCGUUCUAUUGCGCUCGGUGACCAGUUCGCAGAAGAGAGCGAUCACCGUUUGCGAAGCAUUACAAGUCCCGAAUGUCGUAGCUUACUCGAUUCUGCUGUUUUUUGCAAAACUGGUCUCGUACACAUUCCUUUAUUGGCUUCCCAAUUAUCUGGCCAUGGUUGAAGGGGACCUUGUGAAUGCAGAACAAGCAGCCAAUCUGUCUGUGAUUUUCGAUCUGGGCGGGAUUGUUGGCGGUGUUUUGGCUGGACUGUUGAGUGAUUCACGGAAUGCAGAAUCAGAUGGUCGUAUUAUUUGGCGACGUUCGGUCACGUGUUCGAUCAUGUUACUAUUGGCCGCUCCUUCAUUGCUUAUGUACCAACAACUGGCCUCAGCUACGUCAUCCAUCUCACUGGCUUUACUGUUCUUUUGUGGAGCCCUUGUCAACGGUCCUUACGCACUGAUCACCACAGCGGUAGCCGCAGAUCUGGGCACACAGCCAUCAUUGUCUACACGAACCCGGGCCCUAGCAACGAUUACCGCCAUCAUUGACGGGACGGGUUCAUUCGGUGCUGCAUUGGGUCCAUUCCUUACUGGUCUACUCGUACCAUUUGGUUGGUCCUCCGUAUUCAUCAUGUUGAUUGUUGCUGACUUGUUCGCCUUGUGCGUUGCGUUGUGGGUCACAUGCCACACUCGCCGUGGCUACAUCCCUUCGGUCCCGGUGGAGAAAGAUCUUCUUGGAAUAUAA